UCCAGUUGCCUCUUGAAAAAGCAUCUUUGUGACAAACAUGACCUGGAUGACUGAGAAUCUCCAUAGACAUUUUAUUUUAUUAUGUAUCAUCUUCUCCAUAUAAAAGUUAAGAAAAGGGAUGAGCAUUUGACUCUGAUUCUAUCCACAUUUUAUUAAAGCACACAAGGGGCUAAGACUGUCAAGACAGAUAGUAGCAUGAUUCUAGAUAUUCCACUGCACACAAUGCUGUGUGUUUGCUUACUACAUUAACACAGGCUGGGGAGGAAAAAUUUUUUUCCAGUCUCAGAGGACUUGUCUAUAAAAUUAGGGCAUGGACAAUUCUGUCAGUUGCAGUUGAGGAGCUGCUCUAGCAAAGGUCUUGCUUGUUUUAUUUUACACAACAGGCAGAGAGAAAAAAAUAAUGCAAUUCUGAGAAUCUGUAUCAUUGCAUGCAUACAGCAAUCCUAGCAGUAGUCUAAUUUGUAUUUCAUAUGGAUAAGACUCGGUUGUAAAUAGUAAUGCGUCUGGCACCCUCUAGUGAGUUCCAAAGUAAUAAUGUAUGAGGAUUUGUGAAAGAGUUUAAUAUGAUAAACAGUUGUUGAGGGAGACAGCGUAAUCCUUGUUAAUCCAUAAUCUAGCAUGGUUCACUACGUGUGACAGAAUGUGGCUUCUCCUCCCAACAUUUGGCAAUCGCACUGAAAUAUCGUUUGGUGUCACGGUUGCAUGUGUUCACAUCCACUUUCCAUAAUGGAAGCUCACUGCAUGCUCACUGUGUGACUUCGGCCCAUUCUUUUAAGUGUCAGCUCAGCUUGUUACAAGGUAGUUGUGGGCAGUGGUGAAAUUUCCCGCUGUUAGCCACCAGUUCGCUGCCCGCACAUGUGCGGUGCGUGCGAAACAUGCGCUUUGCGUGCAUGCGCAGUGUGCACCAAAGGUGCACUUCGCAUGGAAAAAGGACACUUAACAAGAUGCGGUUCUCUGGCUUCCUUUGUGAUUAUUGAUAGCAACAUGGCGGUAACUCCGGCGGGGAUGGCGGUGGAUGUUCAAGCACGAUUUGGCCAUUCGGUGAAAGGGCUGCUGACAGAAAAGGUGACCAACUGCGGUACGGACAUAAUCGCUCUCACUAAGCAGGUGCUCAAGGGCUCCCGAAGCGCUGAGUUCCUUGGACAGGCUGCCAGAAAUAUGGUGAUGCAAGAGGGUGCCAUUCUGCACUCUGAAGAUAGUUUAAGAAAAAUGGCUAUUAUAACUACUCACCUACAGUACCAGCAAGAAGCUAUUCAAAAAAAUGUUGAACAGUCUUCAAAUUUGCGUGAUCAGCUGAGUCAUCUGCUGAAAUGAAGAGAAGAGUUUGUAAGAGGUAACAAACAGCUGGAAAAGAGUGGAAGAAAAUAAACAGUGGAGGUUUACGGAAUAUCUUUCCCUGUACAGAUGCAUUAUAAGACUGAGUCAAAAGUUACAUCUCCCAGAUGUAAUGGCACAAAGUAUGUGCUUUGUUCUAUAAGAUUCUGAUCUGGAAAUGUGGACAAUUUUAAAUUACAAAUGUUACCUUUAUAAGAGGAUAGGUACAUCGGUGUAUUAAAUUGCAGCUUCUUUGUG